UUGCUGAGAGCGAAGAUGAAGUUUUUUUUCAUAAUAUUAUUAGUUUUGGGGUGCUACGGGCUAGAAUCGAAUGUGGACAAUGAUAGAAAGGUGAAUACAGAAGUGUCUAGAGCUUUGGAUGACCGGCCUUUGUUGUUUGCGACGCUCGGAGGCGGCAUGGUGGCCGUGGAUCCCUCAACAGGAAAUGUUAUAUGGAAACUAAAAGAUGAGCCCGUAGUCAAAGUGCCGAAUCAGCAUGGGAAUCUCAUGUCCCAAUUUCUACCGGAUCCUCGUCAUGGUUUUCUAUACAUGUACGGUCCGAGAGGUGAUAGUAAAAUGCUGAAGAAGCUACCCUUUACCAUACCAGAGCUAGUCGCGAAUGCCCCCUGCAGGUCUACAGAGGGUAUAUUAUAUACUGGGAAGAAGAGCGACACGUGGUUCAUACUCGACCCACUAACUGGUACUAGAGAACAUGUAUCUGGAUUCGAUACUUCAAAGAUAUUUAAAAGCGAAGGUGGUACAUGCCCUCCGAACAGAAAACGCGGCGUUUACAUCGCACGCACCGAAUAUAAUAUACUGAUGCAUGAUUCAAACAAUGAGAAUCAGAAGUGGAAUGUAACGUUCUUUGAUUACACCUCGCAUGCCAUGGCGAAGGAAAUGGUCAACGAUUACGGUAUAAUACAUUUUACGUCGACAUCAAAUGGUAGGAUAAUGUCCUUUAAUAGGAAAACUGGUGAUCUUCUUUGGUCACAUAAUUUCGAGACUCCGGUUGUUGCUACAUAUCUGUUAGACAGAGAGGGCCUUAUAUCCGUCCCUUUCAAUUCAAUCGGUGACGAUACUUUAGACCACAUUAUGGAAGACGCGACGACUUUGAGGAAUGGUCAAGGAAUCAAGAAUUCUAAUAUAGAGUUAUAUCCUACUCUAUACAUUGGCGAGCAUAACCAUGGAUUAUACGCAUUAUCGUCGCUCGUGGAUAAGAACACAGUCACAAUAUCAACUGGGCAUACAAAACCCUUGCUCCUUGAGGGUCCAGUGACUGAAAACCAAGCGAAUUCCGAGAAGAUUACCUACGAGCCCUUCAAGAACAUUCACUACCAGUUAAACGAUCUAAACCUCCACGUCACUCCGCCAUACUUACUACUAGGGCAUUACAAAGUACCAGAGCUGACAACUAAUUGGAUGCCGCAUCUACCGAAUAUAAACUCUAUAUCACACUCACAGAACUCAGUUAAACUUAUUAAUGGUGAGGUUCGGGUCACUGACCUUGAUGGGGAUAAUGAAACUAAUUUGAAGUCAAAUACCAAUUCAGUAUCCGUCUCUGUUCAAACUGAUGAGUUUUUCCAAGAAUUCAGUUUCAGACCUGAUCUGUGGUAUAAGAAAGCAUAUAUAUGGUUGCAUCAGCAAGAAAAUAAAGCUCUUAAAGUACUUCUGAUAAUUCUGAUGGGUUUGGUCGUAACCUUGUUCUGGUAUUUAAGAUAUCAGGCUCGUGAAUUUCAACAGUUAUCUCAGUCUGGUUCAAGAGGUUCUUCUACACAAGAGGUGACGGCUCAAUUGGAGGAGUUAGGGGAAGGGGAGGUUAGGAUCGGCAAGAUUAGUUUCUUCACGGACCAAGUGCUUGGGAAAGGAUGUGAAGGGACAUUCGUUUAUAGGGGUACAUUCGACAAACGAGCGGUGGCUGUAAAGCGACUCCUACCAGAGUGUUUUACCUUCGCCGACCGCGAGGUGGCGCUGUUAAGAGAAUCCGAUGCGCACGCGCAUGUAGUACGAUACUAUUGUACUGAGAGGGACAAACAGUUUAGAUACAUAGCUCUGGAGCUCUGCUCAGCGACGUUGCAAGAUUACGUGGAAAAGAAAUUAAACUUUGAAUGCAAGAUAGAAUCCUUGGAGGUUCUACGUCAGGCUACUUUAGGGUUGUCGCAUCUGCAUUCCAUGGAUAUAGUCCACAGAGAUAUAAAGCCCCAUAAUGUACUGCUGUCAAUGCCGAGUGGUACCGGUGAAGUUCGCGCUAUGAUAUCAGACUUCGGAUUGUCGAAGAAACUGAACAUAGGGAAGGUGAGCUUCUCAAGACGAUCAGGAGUCACGGGCACUGAUGGAUGGAUAGCACCCGAGAUGAUUAAUGGAGAGAGAACGACGACCUCGGUGGACAUGUUUUCUCUGGGGUGUGUGUUCUACUUCGUGUUGUCGAGAGGCCUGCAUCCGUUCGGAGACGUGUUGAGAAGACAAGCUAACAUACUCACUGGGGAUUACAACCUGGAUCACUUAGACAAAGUUCUACCAUCAGAGCAGGUGUUACUCUCCAAGAUGUUAAUUCGUUGUAUGAUAUCCGUACGUCCCAGCCGUCGCCCGCCAUGUGACUCGGUACUCAAAUUCCCGCUCUUCUGGAGUCGACAAGGAGUACUUAAUUAUUUACAGGACGUGAGUGAUCAUAUAGAGAGCGUCUCCCAAACUAUCGAUCAUCCGUUGGAAUUCGGAGGUCGUAAGGUUAUAAGGGGUGAUUGGAGGCUCCACGUAUGUAGCCGUGUAGCGGGGGACCUACGAGCAAGGAGAACCUAUAGGGGUGAUCGAGUAGCACAUCUAUUAAGAGCUAUAAGAAAUAAGAAACAUCACUAUAGAGAACUAGAACCUGAAAUACGCGAAAGUCUAGGCCGUUUGCCGGACGGGUUCGUGACUUAUUGGCUGAAGAGAUUCCCCCUCCUGCUCCCACAUGUGUGGCUUCAGAUGCAACAGUACAGGAACGAGGAUAUACUACAAACAUACUAUCCAUACUCCUUCACAUUUUAUAGAGAAGAAGUCACAGAACUAGCGGACGAUGACCUUGAAAUACAACCCGAACCAGAAUUAGAAGACCCUCACAAAAACGAAUUGUUCACAAAAAGCAGAGUUCACUAUGAUGAUAAAGAGAAAAAAUUCUAUAGGAAAGAUUGGUCGCCAAAGAAACAAGUUGAUUGGCGAAGUCAAGGUCAGGAGUUUCAAAUGAAACAAGAUGACGUCAGAUUAAGAGAUAGACAUCACUAUAAGAAGAAGAAAGAAAAUAUACCUGUAUGGAGCUUACCACCAAGUGAUAAGUGA